AUGGCUUCAUCCACCAUUACCUCCUCCUUCCUCUACACCCAAACCCCAACCUCAUCUCUCACCGAGAAACCCUCAUCUCUCAACCGAACCCUUAGCCUCAGAUCCAAACCAAAACACUCCCUAUCUGUAUCAGCCUCAGCAUCAGCAGCACCUUCACCUCCGCCCUCCUAUGACCUUAACGCUUUCAAAUUUGCUCCGAUCAAGGAGUCGAUUGUUUCACGCGAGAUGACUCGUAGGUACAUGACCGACAUGGUCACACAUGCCGACACCGACGUUGUCAUUGUAGGUGCUGGCUCCGCUGGUCUUUCAUGUGCUUACGAACUCAGCAAGAAUCCUAACGUCAAGAUCGCUAUCAUCGAACAAUCCGUCAGUCCUGGUGGCGGUGCUUGGCUCGGUGGCCAACUCUUCUCAGCAAUGGUUGUGCGUAAACCAGCACAUCAUUUCUUGGACGAGCUUGAAGUUGAGUAUGAUGAACAAGACGACUAUGUUGUGAUCAAGCACGCUGCUCUCUUCACAUCCACCAUCAUGAGCAAGCUACUAGCAAGGCCAAACGUGAAGCUUUUCAACGCUGUUGCUGCCGAGGAUUUGAUUGUGAAGAACGGAAGAGUCGGUGGUGUUGUCACAAACUGGGCUUUGGUUGCACAGAACCAUGACUCUCAAUCAUGCAUGGACCCUAAUGUUAUGGAGUCUAAAAUUGUUGUAAGUUCUUGUGGACAUGAUGGUCCUUUCGGAGCCACUGGUGUGAAGAGGCUCAAGAGUAUUGGUUUGAUUGAUACUGUUCCUGGAAUGAAGGCUCUUGACAUGAACACAGCUGAGGAUGCUAUUGUUAGGCAUACUAGGGAGGUUGUCCCUGGUAUGAUUGUUACUGGAAUGGAAGUUGCUGAGAUUGACGGUGCUCCAAGAAUGGGUCCAACAUUUGGAGCAAUGAUGAUAUCAGGACAGAAAGCAGCUCAUUUGGCUUUGAGAGCACUUGGACUUCCCAAUGUUGUGGAUUCUGCAGGAAAAAUCCACCCUGAGCUUGUCCUAGCUGCUGCUGAUAAUGCUGAAGUUGCAGAUGCUUAA